UGUCUUCGUCGACACCGCUGCCGAUAAGUUUUAGGACACUCUCAGUUUCUUUUCAUUGUCUUUUUUCGAAACUAAAAAUCUCCAGUCCGCGUUUUGAAGUACUUGUAGGCAGUAAUUUCUAUGGCAAAAUCUAGGAACGGUUUGACGGCUGUUGGCCUAUCGGUUUUGGGAGCGUUUUUAGUCCUGUUGGCGUUCGCGACGAAGAACUGGUUGGUCACGGAUGGGAAAUUAGAGCACCCGAAAUUCGAAAGGAUCGGUCUAUGGGUAGUAUGUUUUAAAGAAUUUGAAGACGCUCAUCAUUGGCACGACACAAGAUUUCAUAAUUGUUGGUGGGUGUUUGAAGAAGAAUAUUAUAUUAUCCAUGAUAUUUUAUUUAAAGGUUUUUAUAUUGCCACUCAGUUUUGGUUUUCUGCUUGUGUUCUCUUAACGGCGUUUGGUUUAUUCUACUCUACAYUCUAUAUGUAUCUAAAUAGAUCUUAUGAACGUUACGUUAAAAUUCUAUUUACAGCUGGAAUACUUUAUAUARCUGCAGCUGUAUGCAGUACUAUUGCUCUGAUAAUAUUUGGAAUUGACGGAGACAGUAGAGUAUGGAUGCCAAAUUGGGAACAUAAUGAUAUAGGAUGGAGCUAUGGAGUAGCAGUCGCAGGAACUAUUGCCCUUUAUGUCAGUGGAGUAUUGUAUGUAAUAGAAGGACGGGCACWUAAGAUUAAACGUCAAAAAAUAGCUACUCAAAGAGCCAAUUACAACUAUGAUGGAGAUGACUCAAAACAAUCAUCUCAUACUAACAUAUAAAUGUCCACAUUUUUAUUUUAAGAUCUUCAGUUGCAGCUUCUGCACGUUUUCAUAAAUGUAUUCUUAAUUCAUUGACAGUUUUAGCAUAUGGAAAGGUGGGCAACUAUUUGUACCAAAAUUUCUGAUACCCUUUAUUGAAGAAUAAAAUAAUUUACCUACUACUAAUAUUACUAAAUACUUGUGGAGGCAAUAAACAGAAAUAUUUUUCUAAAAAAAUAUGAGGAAAGAAAUGUAAUUCGUAGAAGGUGCUCAAUUUUAGAUAUAGAUACUGUUGCCUUUAUAAAAAUUUAGCCUUGUCUUUAUGAAUAUGUGCAGUGAGUACUUCUUACACAGACUUGUUGACAUUUUACAAAUGCCUGCAUAGAAAAUUCAAUUUACAUAGAAAAUACUUUGUUUUGGGUAUCAAAUAAUGUUAAGUAUAGUAUGAAUGCGCAAGGAGUUAAAUUCUUAAAAAUGGCUUUUUGAAAAUAAUUUGUUAUUUGGUCACUUAUGCAAUUAUUGACAAACUAUAAUACAUUAGUUAGAACCCAUACUUUAGAUUUGAUGUGAAAUUGAAAUUGAAU